AUGCGCUCUUCAAUCGCCUGUGCUCGCUGUCGUCGGUCCAAGGUCAAAUGUGUGAACAGUGGUGUUGGUACACCGUGUCGGUCUUGCGAGGCCGGCAACCGGGAAUGUACCUAUCCGGUACCUGUAACGGGUGGACGCAAGAGGGAGAACAGUCUGACCGGACCUGCUCCCAAGGUUGAUGCUAUGACUGAAGAGAUCCGGAAACAACGGCAGCAGCGCAAGAGUAAUGCCGGCUUGCCAGGCCAACCUAUGCCCGCUUAUACAGAACCCUCUGUUGUCCCAGCAGAUGCUCUAGAUUCUAGUCUGCUGACUCCGGCCAUCUGGAAGGAAUUGUUCGACAUAUUCCAACUUCACUUCUCCGCCGACCUCCCUUUCAUCCACCCUCCUACCUUCCUCAAACCGCUUCGUCAGGCUAGUUCCCAAGCUCAGGCACCUCAAUACCGUCCCUACACAAACAUUCCGGCUCCGCCGGUCCAACCUCCGGCCCCUACCGAGUUCUUGUUGGCUUUCUUAGCCUUGACUUCCCGCUUCCAUCCUGUGCUUGUCGCCCACCAUUCCCCACGAAAUGCCAAUCGUCCUAGCGAUCCACUUAUUGCAGCCGAGUUCUAUGCCUCUGCUGCGUCCGCUCAGCUCAAUAAUGUGACCACUGACAGAUUAGGCCUUUAUGAUAUCUCGACGAUUCAUGCUAUGCUGAUGCUCGCCUUGCACGAGUGGGGCAUGAACCGGGGUCCAAAAGCAUGGGGCCAUCUCGGUAUCGUCAUUCGUUCUGCGCAGGCAAUGGGACUACACUACGAGGAGGAACUGGAUGACCAACCUCUAGCACGCUCAUUACCAUCUCGGGCAAAUGAUCAACAGAGCUCCAUCGAUCCUGGAAACACAUCGCCCGAUGCUAGUUGCCAGAACGAUGCCUUUGUCAAACAAGAGAUUCGCCGUCGUACCCUGUGGGCUUGCUUCAUUCUGGAUCGCUAUUUCAGCAAUGGCAAAUUCAGACCUCAGGCCCUCAAUGCCAAAGAUUUGCGCAUCCAAUUACCAGCUGGAGAACAUGCCUUUCUCUUUGGCGAGAAAGUGCGUACUUUGCUUUUGAGCGAAGAAAGUCCCUCUAGAGCCGAAGUUCAAAGCCAGCGCCGCGCUUCCUUGGCUACCGAUCCGUCGAACUCUGCUCAUAAGCGAUCUUCAAUUCAUGACAGUGCAACUGGCAGAUCCUCACCACAAGAUCCCGAGGGCCGUUGGGAGGUUGGUCCUGACGAGGGUCUGAUUAGUCGAUACAUCAAGGUAUUGGACAUCCAUGGUAAGGUGAUGCGAUGGGCAUGUGGAGGAGGAAGAAAACGUGAUGCUCUACCACCAUGGAACCCACAGUCAGAAUGGUAUGGCUUAAGGAAAACACUUGAAGAUUUCAAGGUCGCCCUUCCUAGGCAUCACUCUUUGACGGCACAGAACACGUCUGCGCACAUCAACCUACACUCUUCAACACCCUAUGCUCUUGUGCAUCUCACUUUGCUUCUCUCUCAACUCCUCCUCACCCGCGAAUUCCUCCCGUUCAUUCCCUUCAGACACGGCAAGCCUUCGGGUCCACUCGAUGGCACGCGAUUUGAUACCAUACCUUCGCCGCAAGGAUUCUGGGAGGACAGUGCUCGUGAAUGCUUCAACGCCGCCCGGGACAUUGUCGACUUGAUUAGUUCCUUCCAAGAAUGGGGCGUUGUGGUCGAAACUCCCCUGGUCGGUUUUGCUCUUUACAACGUCGCCUUACUUGGUGUCUAUGUCAUCAACUUUCCCUGGAUGGACACCCAUGGCUACCUUCGUCGAACUGCCAAGGACGACAGUGGCGCAGACGCUGCCCGCAAAGCCAUCGAGCUACUCGCUUCGAUGAAAAACAGAUUAUACAUGGCUAGUGGUUGGUUCCAAACGGUCAAACGCUCCCACAAAUACUUUUCCCGUCUGAGAAAGACUUGGGUGGAUUCUGCAGCCCGAUUGCCAGGCGUCUUCCACGAACAAAGUAUCGCUACUGCUCAAUUACACCCACCAAAUGCCGAGAGUACACGAGUGUUGCUGGAAAGAGCGUUAAGAGACUCGGACGACUCUGGAGAUUCUGAUAUUGACAUGUCAGAUGCUCUCGCACCUUCUGAAAUGCCCAAUGGUGCUCGCUCAGACAUCAGCAGUCCUCGCAUUGGUACCACGCCACCCAAGCAAUCCUUCGCUACCUCUGCAGAGCAAGCACAAGCUCAUGCACAGCAAGAGGAGCGUUGGAAUGCGAUCAAUAGUGUUGCAGCAGCGGCUUCUGCCGUGGCGGAUGGCAGAAGUCUUACACAAUCAGCCCCUGGUCAGAACAACGGCAACAAUCCGCACUUCCGGUUCUACAAUGCUUUCUCUUCGAACUCAGCUUCGACUACACCGGGUGGUAGCCAUUCAGGCCAUAGCUUCCGCGCUGCAUACCCCGAACAAUCGCAUUCACAUCCGCAGACUCCAUCUUGGACACCGUCGAAUGGCAAUUCGAGAGAGCCUCUUCAAGGCAUUCAUGCAUUCACAGGUGACCAACGCCGGGAAGGUGAAGCAUUGGCUGGAGCAGCAGUGGCAGCCCAUAACACUCACCAUCGUCGCACUUCUUCAGACCGUGAGAUCAAAGACGUCGAGUCAUGGCUAAUUGCUUUGGAGAAACCAUUUGGUGCCGAUGAUGUUGCAGCGUUCGUUGACGGCGUCGAGUUCGCCGAAUAUGCAGCCCGUGGAUCACGACUAUCCCGCACACCUGGCUGGUUGGCUGUAGUCUGGGCGAGGUGA